AUGUCUCGUGCCGUAGGUGAGGUAAUGAUGGGUGAGGUGAUGAGUGAAUGGAACCAGAUGAUGUGCGUGGCCCUGGCGCUUGGCGCCUUUGCAGCCCCUAAUAAUGCGAAAACAAAGCAAAUCUCAAUUGGAGGCUGGAGGGCUAGUUUCGCAAGGGCCUUACAAGUCGAAAUUUAUAAUUCUGACAUAGGAAUUGAGGUUUUGACAUGGGCUAGUCGAUAUCUAGUCGCUCUGGCAGCCACAAUGGUCACCGUUUCCAAUGCACAAAAAGUCCGUUAUCAUAAGUUAUGUGCGGUCAGGUGA